AUGGCAUCUUCAGACGAGUACGAAACCACAGACAUUCUGGUUUGCGGCUGCGGCCCUACUGGUGCCAUGUUAUCAGCCUACCUCGGGCGACUGGGAGUGCCAAAUAUUGUCAUCGAGAAAGAAGCCGCCAUCACCACGGAUCCUCGUGGUAUCGCUCUGGAUGACGAUGGCAUUCGAUAUCUACAAGGUCUUGGCUUGUAUGAGCAUAUUUUCACGGAGAUAGGUUCCUGUAUACAAAAGGUCCGAUUCAUCAGCGGUAGAGAGCAGAAUCUGCAUAAGGCGCCAUUUCUGCAAUUUGACACGGCGUCGUCAGAAGGAAAUACUGGGCAUAUUGGCGUUAUUGCCCACAAACAGCCGGUCCUCGAAAAGAACCUUCGGUCGGCUGUCGAGGAAAGCAAUUUCUGCGAGCUGAGAAGCAGCUGCACGUUGACCGCGAUCUCUGAGGAUGAGCAGUGGGUGUAUGCGACAUAUACUGAUGCUUCGGGCGCAGAAAAGAAAAUACGCUCCAAAUUCCUCGCUGCCGCGGACGGCAAAACUGGCUUUACGCGAAAGAUGUAUUUGGAGCCUAAGGGAAUCCAAAUGGAAUGGGCCGAAAAGUCGAAAUAUCAAGAAACAUGGGUUGCCCUGAACUGGAAGAUACAGCUGCCUUCGCAGAAAAGUCACCCUACGUUCCCGCUUUGGGGUCAGGGAUAUACCCCGGAGGACGUCUACGAUCUUUUCUUCCCAACAGACUUUCGCUUCCUUUGCAAUGAUGAGCGACCUGCUGUAUGCGGGCGUUUUGGCCUUCCUGAAGACCGCCUUUGGCGAUUUGAGUUUGUGGUGGCAGAUGGAGAGGACGAUAAUGAAAUGGCUACGAAGGAUAAAGUACGGGAGGUGGUAUUGCCCUACUUGACUCUCCCUGGGAGCCGAUUUGGACUGCAAGAGGACGUGAGCUUUCCCGAAGACUGUAUCGAAGUUCUGAGGUCCAGGCCGUUCCGUUUCUCUGCCAGAAGCUGUAAUCAGUGGGCGUUGAACCGGGUCAUUCUUUGUGGCGAUGCAGCCCAUGUGUUUCCACCAUUUGGAGGGCAAGGAAUCGCCUCUGGGUUCCGUGACGCCAUUGCGCUGUCCUGGCGUCUCGCACUGAUCUGCAGAUCUCAAACCCAGCUGGACUACCGUAGCCAUCUGCGAGGGUGGUUCUUGGAGAGAAAGCAGCAGCUGGAUGCUUCCUUAGCCGCGACCGUUCGCAACGGGGAAAUGGUCGCUGGCAAAAGCUUUGUGCACGACUUUGCCCGCAACUGGGGCUUAUGGCUUAUCCAGCUGAUUCCCAACUUCAAGCACUGGCUUGAGCUUGGCCCCCGGGGUGACGGUCCCAUGCAGUACACGCACCUCCCAGGGAUGCCUUUCAUGCCGGAGUUGAAAGGCGGCCUUUGCUUCCCUCAAUCAUAUUGUGUCUCCUUGACCCAAGGCCCCGCCGUGCACUUUACUGACGAUGCCAUCUUUACGGGGAAAUCAGGCUUAUUCCAACUGGUUGUUUUGCUUGACAACCCUGGUGAGUUGGACGAUGCCAGGACGCACCUGCAGAGAUUCAGCCACAGAACCCCUCUGCUUUCGGCCAGUGAGGCUACCUUUUUUGUGCCUCGUACUGCUUGCGAGGAGAUGAGCUCCAAAGAAAUUUCUGCGCUGCCACCAAACCUGUUCCGCACUGCUACGGGCGAUGAAUUCGCGGUAUCUCCGCUGUGCAAGAAUCGACCAGUGCCGAGGGGAUAUAAUGAAAAGCUCAUGUGGGAUGUCCUACCUCGGAAACGAUAUGUCAUUGUGAGAUUGGAUCGCUUUGUGUUUGCGGCUUGCAAUUCAACCGCAGAGCUGGAACAGGCUGUGGAGCGCCUGUCUGAAUUGUUCGAUUGA